UGGAUAAUGUAUUGUUUUGAGUCUCGUGCACAUUCCGUCGCCUGGUCUUUGGCCGACGAAUUUCUUCAUCCGUUGACUGUCGACGGCAAUCUGAGAGGAUCAUUCUUAGAUGAAAACGACCAGGUGCCCGAUAAGUUGCCAUCGGUGUAGGCCUACAAGAAAUCCAUUAUCCUGUCACUAAUGUUAUGUAUUAAUUUAUUACUGUAUUAAAGUGUAAAGGCUAAAAUGGCCUUCAAUUUAAUUUUCUGUUAUGUAGUUCUUAGAUUUAUAAAUUUUUCCCCUCAUAAAAAUUGUUUACAAUGUAUUGUGAUUUUUGGCUAUUCUUUGGCAAACAAUAAUCUGACUGACAGUCUGACUUAGGCCACUGUCGACUGACGAGCUAAAUCUGACUGACUGACAAAUCCUGUGAGGCCAAACAACUGAUCGUUCAUGCAGACUCGGAUAACGUUGACCAUCAAUCAGAAUCAUUUUUAGCUCCCGUACUCGUGCUGUGGAAAUAGCUCAGAAUGUUCCUACCAAGAAGCACGUCUGCUAAACUUGUAUGUGAGGGAGUAGAGUUAUGUUUGAUCAUGAGAAAAAAAAACAAAAAAAAAACCGUUUUAACAAAGUUUGGCCCAUGCAGGUGGGCACUUUUUUUGCUAUUACACCACCACAUGAUUAAACUAUUUCGUUUGUAUGGUACAGGUUGUGACUGUGGAGAUGACAUAUACAGCCUCAUUCACCUAUCACGUGAUAUCAAACGCUUCAGAGUUAAUACGAGUUUGGAUUUUCUUACCGAUUAUGAAUAUGUACAUUUUCUGUUCACUUCGAAUUUUUCCAUCAAUACAUUUGCUUUUGACAUUGAAGUGAAGAAACAAAAUCCAGUUGGAUUUAAAAUCAAAAGCACCAGUUUCGACAGCACCACGGAGUUUGAGACAACAUUUGAUGCUUGUAACAUCUCGGUAGGAUACCAAAACGGAUACAUCAUGAUCAACCGUACAAACGGAUUGACAAUACUGCAGUCGCAAAUGUCUACUUCAAGGCCAAUAUAUUUUUGGUAUGGCAAAAAUAUCCAGAUUUCGGAGUGCAGUACAGUGUUGAGUGACGAAUGCAGUGCGGAGUAUUCAGACACCACUAAUCAGCUGUUGGAGGUAAAGUGUCCAAUGAAUAAAUGCAAUUGGAAAAUCCAAAAUAAUGUUUUUGAGAAGUGCGAUGCUAAUUGUACACACAAAAUAGCAAACUGCGCCGACUAUCUCACAUGGUAUAAUGACAGCGGCACUUUUGACACCUGGACUCAACUCCAGAUGAUCACGGAUGACAACGCACAAACGCAAAAUCGGGUGAUUUCUACAGCAGACCUGAAAUGGACUGAGCCGCAACACGUGUCACAGCAGUAUAACACCACGAGCUAUCAAAGAGAAAACAUUACUACGAUUGGAGACAACAUUAACACGAUUGGAGAAUAUGUAUCAGGCGAUAGUGACAACACGGACACUCCCAUUAGCUUUGGGCAGCCGGUAAUGACUGCCAUGCGUACGGAAUAUCGCAAGACAAGUCACCGUCCGGCACAAAUGACAGAAACGUCAACUGAGAACGGUAAUACUUCUUCUUGUCAAAUCCAUUCUUAAUAUAAUAACCUAAGUAUGUCCUUAUUUGCUAAUAAUUAUUUUAAUAACUAUUUUCACCAUCAUAAUCAUCAUAUCACCAUCAUCAAUAUCAGAUUAUCCUUAUCAUCAAUAUCAUCAUCUUCAUCUUCUUUAUCAUCAUCAUCUUCUUUCUUCUUCACUACCACAAACAAAAUUAUCAAUACUACAGACCUACCAACCAACCCAUGGGUCAUGAAAAUCUGGAGAUUUUUUUUAAUUUUUUUUUUUUAAUCUUAAAAAUCUGGAGAUGUACCAAAAAUAAACUGGAGGUUUUCAGAAUUAGCCAAAAGAUGAAGCAAAAUACUAAAAAAGACACGUCAAGACAAAUCAUGCUAUAGUGGUAUAAAAUAAAUGGGAUACAGAAGUACUGCAAAACGUUUAAAUGUCUGCUUAUUGAUAUCGGCGAUUCGGCAGA